AUGACGAAGAAACUCGAUUCUAAGCAACAACGUUUAGACACUUUGACGAAAAUUGUACAGGAGAAAAAGCGGAACGAGACGACUCUAAGACAGCAAGUGGAAGAAUUAAAGCAAGCAAGAGAGGGAGACAGAGCGCAAUUUGAGAAGGAAAAACAGUCAAUAGAAUUAAGCUCGAAGAAGGAGCUUGACUAUAAAGAAGAAUGUUUGCAGCAACUUAACCGUGAGACCUGGAAGCUGAGAACCAAAAUUCAACUAGAAAGUGAGAUACGAUCAGCAGAGCAGAAGAAGAAAGCAGAGACACAUCAAUGGAGUUUCAUUCCUUGGGUGACUUCUGGAAAACAAGAUCAGGCUGGUACAUCUUCAUUUGAGGAUAAUUCAAUCGGAGGACUGGGAAGGAGUGAUACAUUACAAGCAGGAGAGGAGCCCCCAGAUGAUGAGUUUGCAGGCAUAUUACAGCAGAUAGCUGACGAUCUUUACGAUGAAGCCAAGAUCGACAGCCUUGCUGGUCAGCUAGGAAUCCUACAUGGUGAUAUACAGAGAGCGCUCAUGACCAAUGUGAAGUUCAACCGUGUUACCAGUGAUGGAACUCGUCAUAUGCUGAAACAAUGGAGAGAAGGUGUGUCCAGGAAAGAUGAACGGAUUGAGCUAAGGAAGGCACUGCAAGCUGCUAAGUUGGUCAACCUUGCAGACCUGUAUCUCAGCGAAGGUGUGGCAGAAGAACAGAUCGGUGCUGAAUCAGUUAACAAAGACGUUAAUGAUCAGGAGCUCUCUACUAGAGAUGAGACCUCUCUAAAAGAGGACCAGAACAAAGGACAGACCGACACCCAGGUAUUGCAGGAAGCUACAGCAAGCAAUGACCACACCCCUCGAGACAUGGAUUCCAAAACCAAGGAGGACUUGACAGAUGGAAGUAGGAAUCAACAUCCUAUACGCAGUACAGAGGACUUGGAUGCAUCUGAAGUGACUUCUGAAGACGUGUCCUCUAGAGAAGUUCAUGCUGGUGAUUCUAUGACCAAUGUAAGUUGCAUUCAACCUGCUGAACAAUCGUCCAGCCAUGAAAUUCAAGUCCUACCUGAAGAUAUGUCUCAGAUAGCCCCUCUGUUUUCUUCUGUUGGCAAACCCAACGAGGAAUCCACCACCUUGGAUAAAAGUCAUGUAGAUGGAAUUAUAAGUAACGAAGAAGAUCUGAUUUCUCAACUCGUUCUUAUUGAUACAUCCCCGGAGAAAAUGUUGCUCCUUUUCCUCGUAAAGAUAAUAAUGGAUGUGUCCCACAGAGCAUUAAGUUCAUAAGGAAUCACUAGAGAAUCUUCAUCAAGCCAAGUUAACUCACGCAAAUUUUAGCUUGCGAUGUUUCAAGUCCACUCUUGGACUGGUCUUUGGCGCCAAUGAUUCUUGACCCGAGGAUAUGGUGUUCCGGUUAAAGAACUGCCCUUCUCUGAUAACCUUUCAAAGAUCCGUCGGUAUAAUCGGCCUAAUGAAGCGUCCCGCAGUGGACGUAAGACAUCGUAAUAGAUAAGUAACAGAUAAGUAAGUUAAUGAAUACGUGAAACAAUAACGAAACACAUGAAUGAAUAAAGUAAUG